AUGAAACAUACAGUAACCAUGACUUUAGAUGCUUUUUGUCGUGAAUUACCUAAAGUCGAACUACAUGCGCAUCUUAAUGGAUCUUUAAGCCGUGAUACGAUGUUAGAACUGAAAAGAUUUCACGUCGAUAUUGGUGUACCAGAUAAGACGAAUGCUUUUUUUGAUGAAUUUCAAAUCGGCUCUGGAGACAUGAGAAAAUUGGCUGACUGUUUUCAAGUGUUUAGCAUUGCUCAUACACUGACCAAUACUCCACAAGCCCUUGAGAUGGCUACUAAUUUAACCCUACAGGAGUUUCAAGAUGAUGGUUGCUGCUACCUUGAGCUUAGAACUACACCACGUGAUACACCACACAUGACCAAAGCUUCAUAUAUUGAAACUGUCAUUCAAACUAUUCAGAAAUCUUCCCUCCAUUUAACCAUGAUCGCACGCCUUAUUGUGUCAAUAAAUAGAAGUACACCAGACAAAGAGGUUGAAGAGAUAACUGAUUUAGCCAUAAAUUGUUACAAGAACUAUCCGGAUGUUGUAGUUGGCAUCGAAGUUAGUGGCGACCCUACUAUAGGGUGUUUUCAGAGUUACAUACCCGCUUUACAGAAGGCGAGAGCAGCAGGAUUGAAAGUCUCACUGCACUGUGGAGAAGUUUGUAAUCCUCAGGAAGUACUAGAUAUGCUGAACUUUAAACCUGACAGAAUUGGACAUGGGACAUGUAUUCAUCCAAGAUUUGGUGGAACAGAUGAGACCUGGACAAAGUUAUGUGAAUUAAAAAUACCAGUUGAGGUAUGUCUGACCAGUAAUGUUAAUACCAAAUCUACACCUGACUAUGAAUCUCAUCACUUCAAGUAUCUCACUGAAUCAGAAAUACCAGUUAUAAUAUGUACUGAUGAUAAAGGCGUUUUCUCUACAUCUUUGUCGCAAGAAUACAGAAUAUGCGCAGAAACUUUCAAUUUAAGUACAUCAAAGUUGGCUAGACUUGCUUUAAAUGCUUGCCAAUAUAUAUUUGCUGACGACAUUCGUAAAACGUUAAAUGAUAAACUACUCAAUUUCAUCAAUAAAAACUCUUUGUAA